AUAAGAUUGAUGGGUACAAAGAUGACAGUUUAAAUCCAUCCUAUACAAGGAAAGACACAAAACAAACAGAGAAAAUUUUUUUUUGAGUUCAGGGUGUGAAGCUGUUUUGGUAGCUCUUGGUUUGAUUAGCUUUCUUAGACUGUGACUUAUUAAGAAGCUCCUCUUGUGCUGGUAGCACAGUUUCAGAAAUAUAAUAUCUUUAAAGUAGUAUUAAAGGUAGGCAAGGAAGAUGAAAUAUCAAGAGCUGUCAUUUGCUUUCACAUUUGUGAUCAUCAUUGUCAUAAUAUGGGAGUUCCUUUUUAAGGAGACAUCUCUUCAAGUGCAUGUAAAAUAUGUGCAAGGAACAGAAAGUUCUACAUCAGACUGUGGGUCACAUGUGGGGCAGCCAAUAUGGUCGGGCCCAAGAUCUGCUUUAACAAUAGGAUGUCUUCACAAAGACAACCUCUAUGGGAGAGUGACCAGAAGGAACCCACUUCUGAGAACAGCCAUGUUGGGGGGGGGGGAUUUGGUGGAAUUGGAAAGCAAAAUGGAUGGGGACAAAUAUAUGCAAAUUGUAGUGGAAAACCUGUUCAGUAUUAUGUCAGGAGGACACAACAAUGUUGGGUGGGGUGUGAACACUGUGAUAGUAGAUGGUGAAACUGGGAAUAUAUUGAACAGUAACUUUUUUAAGGUCAAUUCUGCAGGAUUGCUAGACUUUCUAAAGACGAUACAGGAAGGAAAUAUAGUUUUAGUAGCCUCGUAUAAUGACCCUGCAGAGCAGUUGACUGAUGAGGUCAGAGAGCUGUUUGCUGGUAUGGGUAGCAGAAUGGUCUACUCUGUGAAGCACAGGGACAACUGGAUGUUUGCAGGGGCAAGGGGACUAAAUAAGGAGAAUCCGUUUGAGAAGCUCAUUGUGAAUGAUAAGAAGACGAAUGCAUAUGGAGAUUGGCCAGAGAUGGGGGAGCUUGGUGGCUGCUUUCCCAGAAAGGUUUGAUCAGCACUAAAUGAGCCUGCUGCACCAGCCACCUGGAGACCAUUAAAACACAGAACACUGCAACUGUGGGAUGUAAAUCAUGACAAUUUCAACUGUUUCAAAGUGUUCACAUAUGGAUGCCUGGAUGUAUUGGCCAUACAUUGGCCUUAAUUUGAGUCUUAAUUUGCAUCAGAAAUAAAUCCAAACAAUUACACACUCUCACACAAAGGUGCCAGCAUUCUUGUAUUUUCUGUAUUAGGAAACUUUGUAAAUAUGAUCAUAUCUCAUUUUAUUGUUCACAAAAAAUGUUUAAAAAAUGAUAAUAAUUAAAGCACAGUCAUGAAUCAGUA